AUUCAGGUAUUUUUGAGUCUUUGAGAUGAAUCAAUUAAUUGAGAUUGUUGAAGUUGAUUGAUUGAAGGCAUGGAGAAAGAGGGGAAAAAGUUCUGUUAACAAUUAACAUUCAUUUGUAUGUUUUACAGAAAUGAGUAAUAUUGUUCAAAUUUGGAAGACUGUUAUAAGCAUUUCUUUCUCUUGUUUACUCUUUCAUUUUCUUGAUUAUACUCAUUUAAGCAAGAGAAAUUCAUGAUUUUUGUGGUGAUUUUGUCUUCAAAUCCUCUGCUGGUGAAGGCUGCCAGAGGAGAACUUGUUAGUCGGCCACCAGCAUGCAUGAUGCGCCAGGUGGGAAGGUACAUGGCUGUUUAUAGAAAGCUUGCUGAGAAAUAUCCAUCCUUUCGAGAGAGGUCGGAGACAACUAAUCUUAUUGUGGAAAUUUCUUUGCAGCCUUGGAAUGCCUUUAGGCCUGAUGGAGUGAUCAUUUUCUCUAACAUCCUUACGCCUCUUCCUGCAUUUGGGGUCGAAUUCGACGUUGAAGAUGUAAGGGGUCUUGUUAUUCAGUCCCCAAUACGCUCCGAGAAGGGGCUAAAGGCUCUGCAUCCAAUUGACCUGGAAAAGCUCAGUUUUGUUGGAGAUUCACUCAAGAUACUGCGCAAGGAGGUUUCGUGGGAGCACCUUGGACAAUAGCAACAUAUAUAGUGGAAGGGGU